CUCUCUCUCUCUCUCUCUCUCUCUCUCUCUCUCAACUUUUUUGCAAGAAGACUACAGUUGAACAACUUCAAAUGUAGAAUCUACGCAUUUGAUCUAUCUAUGGAGGAGAAAAAGGAGAUAAACACCGACAAUUCGAUGGCGAAUUUAACAUUUUCCGAUCAGAUACGGUCGACGAGCUUCGCUUUACCGAGCAUCUUUGACAUGGCAUGUGAUGGAGAAAAGGGCUCUUUAGGAUACAUGGACAUGAUGGGUAUACAAGAUUAUAGUAGUCCUUAUUUAUUCGAUUUGCUUCAUACACCGUUGAUGCCACCACAAUCAUCACCUCUUCCAUCGCCGGCUUCGACUGUUCCGGAGUCAACUGAAUUUGUAAACACUCCGGUGACGCCGAAUUCUUCCUCGAUCUCUUCAUCUUCGACAGAAGCUGCAAAUGAUGAUCAGCAGUCUAAAACAGUUGAAGAAGAAGAGAAGGAUCAAGAAAAGACUAAGAAACAGUUGAAACCCAAAAAGAAGAACCAGAAAAGGCAAAGAGAACCCAGAUUUGCGUUCAUGACCAAGAGUGAGGUCGAUCACUUGGAUGAUGGUUAUAGAUGGAGGAAGUACGGCCAAAAAGCUGUGAAAAACAGCCCUUUUCCAAGGAGCUACUAUCGUUGCACUAGUCCAGGAUGUGGUGUGAAGAAGAGAGUGGAACGAUCAUCUGACGAUCCAUCAAUCGUUGUUACGACCUAUGAAGGUACCCACACACAUCAGUGCCCGGUGACACCUCGUGGAAGUAUUGGAAUGGUGCCGGGAAUGGCUGGUUUUGGCGGCAGCAGCGGUGGUGGUGGUGGUGGUGGUGGUGGUGGUGCUACUUCCUCUUUUUUUAUUCCACAACGCCACCCACAACAACAACAAUCAUAUUUCCAUAACCCAACACCUUCUUUGAACUUUGGCACUACUAGUUCUUCAUUUCCUUCUUUGCUUCAAGAGAGAAAGCUUCUUCCUUCUUCUCCUUCUCCUUCUCCUUCCUCUUUGCUUAGAGAUCAUGGACUGCUUCAGGACAUGGUACCUUCCCAGAUGCGAAAGGAGCCAAAACAGGAGUGAAAAAGGAUUUGUUCCUUUUUUUCCGGUAUGUAUUUCUCUCACUGACUUGUGAAGCUGGGUUAUCUUUUGAUAAGAACCCACUUCACUAUUACAUAGACCUACUCUGAUUAUCCUUGUAAAAUACUCAUCUUUAGGCUUAUUGAAGGACUAAUUCUGGUUAUGGUUCUUCGUGUUAUUCUUUGUAAUUGGAAU